AUGAUUUCUUUUCCAGUGCCAUUUUCUUUGUUCCUUCUUUUCUUUGUUCCUUCUUUUCUUUGUUCCUCCUUUUCUUUGUUCCUCCUUUUCUUUGUUCCUCCUUUUCUUUGUUCCUCCUUUUCUUUGUUCCUCCUUUUCUUUGGUUUAUCCUUUUCUUUGUUCCUUCUUUUCUUUGGUUUAUCCUUUUCCUGUCGCUUUUCCUGUUUCUUCCCGAAUCUAUUUUCUUUUUUCUCUUUCAUUUUUUCCUUAUUCUUUUUUUCUUUUUUCUCCGGUUUCCUUCGAUUUCUUCUUCCUUUUCUCCGGUUUCCUUCGAUUUCUUCUUCCUUUUCUCCGGUUUCCUUCGAUUUCUUCUUCCUUUUCGCCAUGUCUUAUAUAUCUUUAUCCUUUACCUUUUCUUUAUUUUUCUUCCUCUCCGACUGUCAGCAAUAUUCCAAUCUUUCUUUACUUCUUUAUACACUGCCUUCAAUACCAGAUUUCUUUCUCGUCUAA